AUGGAAAAGACUCCCCACAUUCAGAACGCGACAGUGCCAGUGACGAAGAAUACGGACAUUGAACGUUCAAAAGAAAUUCUGGCAGAUGCCCCAGGUUUAGAAACAAGGCGACAGAAAUGGUAUGAAUGGUUUGCGCCCACGGACACGCCAGCGGAGCGUCGUCUGAUCCUCAAACUAGAUGGAUUGAUCAUCGUGUUUGUGUUUCUGGCAUACUGGGCGAAGGUGUUGGACUCGUCGGCUACGAGUACGGCGUAUGUGAGUGGCAUGAAAGAGGAUCUCAAGCUCUAUGGGAAUCAGUUGAACUAUUUGAAUACCGUGUAUUAUGUUGGAUUCAUCGUCAUGCAAAUUCCGUUGACUCUUCUGAUGACUCGCUGUCCAGUCAAUUACUUCUUACCUGCAGCUGAUCUGCUGUGGGGUGUUUUCACUCUUGCACAGUAUAAGGUUAGCACUAUAACUCAACUUUAUGCCCUGCGUUUCUUUGUCGGGGCCCUUGGGGGCUUCUUCUUCCCUGCGGUGCAGUGGUAUCUUGGAUGUUGGUAUAAGCGGUCGGAACUCUCACGCCGAGGGGCCAUCUUCUUCAUUGCCAGCCAGGUCGGCAGCAUGAGCUCGGGAUACAUCCAGGCCGGAGCUUACGACCAACUGAAUGGAAGAUUUGGGCUAGAAGGAUGGAGAUGGCUCUAUAUCAUCUGUUUCGCGUGCACGGUUCCAAUUGCGUUCCUUGGACUCUGUCUCCUGCCCAGUACCCCUGAUAAAUGCAAUUCCAGGUUUUUGACUGCAGACGAAAUUCAACUUGCGCAAGAACGCAUGGCAUCUGAGAACAGAGAAGCACGUCAACCUUUCACCUGGUCGGGAAUUAUUCGGAUUCUCAAAGGCUGGCGACUAUGGGUGCUAGUCGCGUUUGCCUUCUUUUUCAGUCAGGCAGACGGGGUCUCCUCAAAUAGUGGUCUUUCCCUGUGGUUAAAGGCCGAAGGUUAUUCUGUGGGGAAAAUCGACACGAUCACCACCGUCUCACCAGCAGUCACAAUUGUUGCCUCGGUGAUCUGCGCUGUGUUCUCAGACAUUUACGAUGCAAAGGCCAGCUUGAUCGCAAUUACUGCCGUGUUGAACAUUUUUGCUUGUGUAGUACUCGCUAUAUGGAAUGUCCCUAAUGGCUUGAAGUUCUUUGCUUUUUUCCUGUCCGGCACGGCAGACGGCAUUGCGGCUAUUAUCUAUGCAUGGGCCAAUGAGAUCUGUGCCCAUAACGCCGAAGAACGUGCACUGGUGAUCAGUGCUAUGAAUACGAUUGGAAAUACCUUCGGGGCUUGGAUUCCUCUCUUUGUCUGGAAGACAGUGGAUGCGCCUCGUUACCUCAUCGGGUACAACUGGACGAUCGCACUUGACAGUAAUUUAUGGGGUAAAUGCAUUGGUACUUUUGAUGAUUUUGGCACAAUUCCAAAUGGGCCUUACAGUACACCACAGGAUCGGUAA